AUGUCCCCCAAGCAGUCAUCAUCAUCAACAGACGCCUACUACCUGCUCCCCAACCUGCAGGCCAUGGACCCGACAGCGCGCGAGCUUGACCUCGAGGCCGAGGCGUGGAUCCAGCCCAUCAUCAUCGAGGAUGAGGACCUCAUGUUCGGCGGCAAGCCCCUGAGCGCGUGGUACGAGGAGGAUCGGUCGCGGCUGAGCAGCACCAGCAGCAACAGCAGCGACGACGGCAACCAGAGCUUCGAGGAGGAGGAGCGCCGCGGGCGCGAGCGCACGAGGAGGCAUUACGACGGCAAGGCGCUGAAGAAGUCGCACCGGAAGUGA